AUUAAAUGUUAUAAGAAGUAACAAUUCCUUGUGGUAGAUAUGAUUUCAAUGCAGAGACUAAGAAAGUAGUUAUGAUAAAAGCAAAAGGAUUACUAAAUUUACAAUUAAAUGAUGACAAUGAGUUAUGGUUGAAAUGGUAUAAUGUUGAUUAAGAUGACAAAAUAGAAAUUGUAUUGAUAUUUAAUUAAUUAUGAAGGAAAGAGUUUUAAUUAAAGGAUGUACAUUUUUUGAGAAAGUAAAAGGUCAAAAUAGAGUAUAUCUCUUAAGAUUUAUAGAUGAUGAUUAAAAAUAUUUCUUCUGGAUGCAAGUAAUCUAUAAUUCUUAUUAAAUAAGUCUGAUGAUCCAAACUCUGAUGAAAAUUAUUGUAAGCAAUUUAUGAAUGUUAUCAAUGCUUAAGUUUUAGAUGAUCCUAUUGAAAUCGAAUAAUAACCUCCUGUUUAACCUUAAUUAACACAACCACAAACAUAACCUGUUUAAUAAUAAAUGGAUUAAUAAUAAUAAUAGCUAUUAUAAUUGCUUUAAUAGUAAUUGGCAUAACGAGUAGGUCCAGGAUUAUCUUUAACUGAUAUAUUAAAUAGUGAAUUCUUAAAUCAAAUAGGAAAUGAUUAAGAAUAUUUCUAAGUUUUAAAAGAGUAAAAUAUUUUAUAUAUAAAUGAGUCAUUUACCUCCUGAUUAAUAAAACUUUGAAUAAUUUAAAGAGAAUUUAUUGAGUCCGUAAUUCAAAUAAGCUUUGGAUUAAUUAACUCAUGCUUUAAAAGGAAGAGAAAGAAGUUCUGUUAUUUAACAAUUAGAUUUAGAUUACAGAAUAUUAGAAUAAGAAUUUGAUGGAGUUGUAGCUUUUGUUAAAGCUAUUAUUCAACACAUUUAAAAUAAAAAUUGA